UCCAAGAUGUCGUCGCAGUACUACCAGGAGAUGCAGGAGAGCUUCAGAAGUAACAGUAAAAGCCGGGAAUUCCCGGCUCAUACAGCCAAAGUGCACUCCGUGGCGUGGAGCUGCGACGGCCGGAGGCUGGCCUCGGGUUCUUUUGAUAAGACAGCCAGCGUCUUCGUGCUGGAAAAGGACCGACUGGUGAAGGAGAAUAACUACCGAGGCCACGGUGACAGCGUGGAUCAGCUCUGCUGGCACCCCACCAACCCCGACCUGUUUGUCACCGCCUCCGGAGACAAAACCAUCCGCAUCUGGGACGUCCGCACCACCAAAUGUAUCGCCACCGUCAACACCAAAGGCGAGAACAUCAACAUCUGCUGGAGCCCCGACGGUCAGACCAUCGCCGUGGGCAACAAGGAUGAUGUGGUGACGUUCAUCGACGCCAAGACGCACCGCUCCCGGGCGGAGGAGCAGUUCAAGUUCGAGGUGAACGAGAUCUCCUGGAACAACGACAAUGACAUGUUCUUCCUCACCAACGGCAACGGCUGCAUCAACAUCCUCAGUUACCCGGAGCUCAAGCCGAUCCAGUCCAUCAACGCCCACCCCUCCAACUGCAUCUGCAUCAAGUUCGACCCGGCGGGCCGGUACUUCGCCACGGGCAGCGCCGACGCCCUGGUCAGCCUGUGGGACGUGGAGGAGCUGGUGUGUGUGCGCUGCUUCUCCAGGCUGGACUGGCCCGUCAGGACGCUGAGCUUCAGCCACGACGGGAAGAUGCUGGCCUCUGCCUCCGAGGACCACUUCAUCGACAUCGCAGAGGUGGAGACAGGGGAAAAGCUGUGGGAGGUCCAGUGCGACUCUCCCACCUUCACCGUGGCGUGGCACCCCAAGAGGCCGCUGCUGGCCUACGCCUGCGACGACAAGGAGGGCAAAUACGACAACAACCGAGAAGCGGGAACCGUCAAACUGUUCGGCCUCCCCAACGACUCAUAAACCCCCCCUGAGACCACCAGCAGAGGGAGCUGCAGUUCAUUCCCUGUUUUAUACACACACACCUUCAGGCUGUAACAUAGUGUUUUUGUUUUUUUAAAUGUAAAAUAAUGUUGUUUUGUUUUGUUUUUUGAUAAUAAAAUGUCUCUCUGUGAAUCUUCCA